GACCCUCAAGAAGGGAGGAGAGACCCUCAGGCACGCAGCGCUUCGCACUCGGGGGAAGGGCAAGCAGGACCCUCAAGAAGGGAGGAGAGACCCUCAGGCGGGCGCGCAGCGCUUCGCACUCAGGGGAAGGGCUCCUGAAACUUGGAAGUCAGCAAAUGCCCGCCGUACUUCACUGGAGGUGGGAACUAAGGAGACGGAAUGAAGUCAGAGGGCAGGAUGUUUCUGUUUUUGGCUGAAACCUGUGCCCUGUGUCCCUCAUGGACUGGGGACCUGGAGUUCCCGGGGGCCACCAUGGGGGAAAGGCAUCCCCAGCAGCUGCAGUCACGGGGUUUGGGCGCUCUCCCCUCUCCUGAUUUGGGGGAACUUGUGUGCUCCUCUAGGCAGAGGGAGGAGCAAGGCCGUUGGCUGUGGACUGAGUCCUUCCCACCUUCCAUAGCAGCCCAGCAGAAAGCCACUGAGGGAUGCCCCACAGGACAGCCUGCUGGGAGGGGAGAGUCUUCUCCCACCCCCACCCCUCCAGGCUCUUCCUGGACCCACUGAGGAGCCCGGGCAGUGGGACGUGUGGCUGUGAGUCCCGGACUCUGGGCACUCACCAGCAGCUCCGUCUCAUACCUGCCUGUGUGCAACACCAGCACCCCUUAUGAUGAGGGAACGAGUUUGCCCAGCUGCAGGGGUGGCCGAGUCAGGAUGACUCCAGCCCAUGUCCAGGACACCAGACUCUGCCCAAGUCCAUCCGGGGCUGAUCUCAGCCUUCCUGGGCUAUGUUGUGGAGGGUGUUGGGGACAGUGAGAGGCUGGCAUGGACAGCGGAGGAGUGGCUUUGUGAGUGGUCCUGAUAGUGAUUGAGAGGAGGAUACUCAGUUCCACCCCUGGGCGGCUCCUGAGCAGCACAGCCAGGGCCUGGAGGGGCAGGGCUGCCCUCAUGGGCUCUGACCCCUGGGAGCUCAAGGGGUGGGCCCCAUAUCCCAAAUGUGGGACUGGAAUGGGGACUCAGGCUGAUCCAGGCAGGACCUCCAGAGUUCAGGACUGGGUGGUGAGCUCACAGGGAGGGAGGGGCAGGCCAGAGUCCCAGCUGUCCUGGACUCUGCUGUGGGGAAGGGCCGAUGCAGGUGUGGAGUCAAAUGUGGGCACCUCUUGCAGCCAGGUCCCGGGAGGGGUGGAGGGGCCACCCUGGGCUUUGUCUGGGAGCCUGGUCUUCCCAUCCUUAGACUGACAGGUGCUGCUGCCUCUGAACCCUCCCUGCUGAGAGCUGUGCUGGGUGAGGCUGGCGGCCCUUUGUUCCCUGUCCAGGAUUUGCGUUCUGGAGGGUAGGGCUUGCUGGGUUGGGGACUGGAGGGGGACGUGGAGCUCCUUCUGCCUCCCUUCCUGCCCCAUAACAGCAGGCAGGUCCCAGGACAGAAGGGCUCAGGAGAUAGGAAGAGGAUCCGUCCAGGGGUUAGACCUCGAGGGUGACUUGGAGUUCUUUACGGACCAUGAACGGCACCUACAACACCUGUGGCUCCAGCGACCUCACCUGGCCCCCGACGAUCAAGCUGGGCUUCUACGCCUACUUGGGCAUCCUGCUGGUGCUGGGCCUGCUGCUCAACAGCCUGGCGCUCUGGGUGUUCUGCUGCCGCAUGCAGCGGUGGACGGAGACCCGCAUCUACAUGACCAACCUGGCGGUGGCCGACCUCUGCCUGCUGUGUGCCUUGCCCUUCGUGCUGCACUCCCUGCAGGACACCUCGGACACGCCACUGUGCCAGCUCUCCCAGGGCAUCUACCUGACCAACAGGUACAUGAGCAUCAGCCUGGUCACGGCCAUUGCCGUGGACCGCUACGUGGCCGUGCGGCACCCCCUGCGCGCCCGUGGGCUGCGGUCCCCCAGGCAGGCUGCGGCCGUGUGCGCGGUCCUCUGGGUGCUGGUCAUCGGCUCCCUGGUGGCUCGCUGGUUCCUGGGCAUGCAGGAGGGUGGUUUCUGCUUCAGGAGUACCCGGCACAAUUUCAGCUCCAUGGCCUUCCCGCUGCUGGGAUUCUACCUGCCACUGGCCGUGGUGGUCUUCUGCUCCCUGAAGGUGGUGACUGCUCUGGCCCAGAGGCCACCCAUUGAUGUGGGGCAGGCAGAGGCCAGCCACAAGGCUGCCCGUAUGGUCUGGGCCAACCUCGUGGUGUUUGUGGUCUGCUUCCUGCCCCUGCACGUGGGGUUGACGGUGCGCCUCGCUGUGGGCUGGAAUGCCUGUGCCUUCGUGGAGAUGCUCCGUCGUACCCUCUUCAUAACCAGCAAGCUCUCAGAUGCCAACUGCUGCCUGGACGCCAUCUGCUACUACUACAUGGCCAAGGAGUUCCAGGAGGCGUCUGCAUUGGCCGUGGUUCCCAGUGCCAAGGCCCAUAAAAGCCAGGCCUCCCUGUGUGUGACCCUGGCCUAGGAGGCAUGCAGAGAGCGCUGUGGGCCAGGUCUUGGGGGCUCCGGGAGGUGCUGCUUGUCAGGGGAAGAUGGGACCAGUAGCAAGGAGCCUGGGAUCAGUCCUGAACUCACUGUGAGCUCUCUUGGAGCCUUGGGUGGGCAGGCAUGGCCCAGGUACCUGCUCUCUUGGGAAGAGAGAGGGACAGAGACAAGGGCAAGAGGACUGAGACCAGAGCAAGGCCAAUGUCAGAGACCCCCGGGAUGGGGCCUCACACUUGCCACCCCCAGAACCAGCUCACCAGGCCAAAGUGAGUUCCUGCUGGCUAGGGUGCAGCCUUGAGGACACCUGCUGCCACCCCUCGGGGCUGGAAUAAAACUCCCCACCCAGAGUCA